CUUGUCUUCCUCAUACACCCACCAUGCCCGACCAGACAGCCCCUGCUGCUCAGCCCGCGGCUGCCACCAAGUCCAAGCACAGUCACGCAGCGUCCCAGGCGCAACCGGCACCACGAAAAGUGCGAUUCAAUGUCGGCACCCAGUACCAGGUCCUCGACGUCGUAGGAGAGGGCGCGUAUGGCAUCGUAUGUUCUGCCAUCCACAGACCAAGCGGGCGCAAGGUCGCCAUCAAGAAGAUCGCUCCCUUCGACCACUCCAUGUUCUGUUUGCGUACCCUCCGUGAGCUCAAGCUCCUCAAGUUCCUCAGUGAAGCCGGUGUCAGCGAGAACAUCAUCUCAAUAUUGGACAUCAUCAAGCCGCCAUCUAUAGAGCAGUUCAAGGAAGUCUACUUGAUCCAGGAGCUGAUGGAGACCGACAUGCACCGCGUCAUCCGCACGCAGGACCUCUCCGACGACCAUGCUCAAUACUUCAUCUAUCAGACACUGCGCGCCCUCAAGGCGCUGCACUCCGCCGACGUCAUCCACCGGGACCUCAAGCCCUCUAACCUCCUUCUCAACGCCAACUGCGACCUUAAGGUCUGCGACUUCGGCCUCGCGCGUUCAGUGCGCACGGCGGAGCCAUCAGGGACAGAGACGGGUUUCAUGACUGAAUACGUUGCGACGCGAUGGUAUCGCGCGCCGGAGAUCAUGCUUACGUUCAAGCAGUACACCAAAGCCAUCGACAUCUGGUCAGUCGGCUGCAUCCUCGCCGAGAUGCUUUCCGGCAAGCCACUAUUCCCGGGCCGCGACUACCACCACCAGCUCACGCUCAUCCUCGACGUCCUCGGAACACCAACGCUGGACGAGUUCUACGCGAUCACCACCCGGCGGUCGCGUGACUAUAUCCGCGCGCUGCCCUUCCGGAAACGGAAGCCGUUCGCGCAGCUGUUUCCGAACGCGAACCCCCUCGCGAUCGACUUCCUCACGAGGACAUUGACUUUCGAUCCGAAGAAGCGUAUCACAGUGGAGGACGCACUCGCGCAUCCAUAUCUCGAGGCAUACCACGACCCGGAGGACGAGCCUGUAGCGCCUCCUCUGGACCCUGAGUUCUUCGAGUUCGAUCUCCACAAGGAUGACAUCAGCCGCGAACAGCUUAAGGAGCUGCUCUACGAAGAGAUCAUGUCCUUCCGCCCGCCACCCAUCUCAUAAUCAUCUCACACGCGCCUCACCCACAUAUAGUCAAUGUCGUUCACGUCCGCUCACAUCACUCGUGCUGUCUCGUUCUAUCAUACGUGCGUCUUGUUCCCAUAGGUGUGCGGGCUUCGCGUGGCUGACGGCCGGCUGUCCCUCUAGCUAGCUCAUUUCUGUUGAAAAAUGUACACUGCAUCCCCAUCCAUUUACGACUUCGUACUCCUUCCGCCAAUGCUCGUCGACGGCAGCGCCGUUUCCUUCACUGCGCCUGAACGCCCUUGUCCCUUCAGUAAUUUCAAGUCUUUAAACACCGUUUUCAGGACUUAUUCGCGUCGGUUGAGGGUACGGUCGGUCGUCCGUCUGUUUGGCAGUAGUGAUAGAGUAGCUGGUUCAUCUUGUCUCACCAUGUACGUUAUCGCAAAG